AUGGCUCAACCAGAGGUGUCAGUUUCCGGCGUGUCUGUAUCGGCGAGAAUUCCUGAAUUUUGGACGGAUUUGCCGCGACACUGGUUCAUACAGGCGGAGGCAGUGCUACACCCGCAGAAGAUGUCUGACGAGGCAAAAUUUCAGUUUGUCAUAUCGAAAUUAGGAAAAGACGUUAUACAACAAGUGACAGACAUAUUAGUCAAACAGCCGGAAAAUGGUAAAUAUGAUACAUUAAAAACAAGAUUACUUGACAUUUAUGAGGAGUCAGAAAAUAGAAAGGUACAAAAAUUGAUAUCUGAAAUGGAGCUUGGCGACCAGAAGCCAUCGCAGUUGCUGAGGAAAAUGCAAGAGCUGGCAAGUGGCAAAGUUACAGAUGAAACCCUUACCAUCCUUUGGCAAAACCAUUUGCCGGGAUGGGUGAGAGGAAUACUCACGGCAUCAGGUUUAAGCGAUAUUAACGCUUUGGCCAGAAUGGCAGACAAGGUGACAGAAAAUGCAAUGCCUAUACAGGGGGUGGCCGCAGUACGGAGUGCAAGGAGUGAUUCUCCAGAUGUCAUAGCGGAGAUCCACAAGCUGGGCGAACGACUAAGAAAAAUUGAAAAUUCCCAGCGUAGCGGUGGGAGAAGCCGAUCACGGUCACACGGCGCGCCACGUACGCGCAUCACUAGCGGUAGCAGGAAGAGGACACCGGCAGAUCCAGACUGGCUUUGCUACUACCACUAUAAGUUUAGAGCCCGAGCACACAAAUGUGUUCAACCGUGUACGUGGAAGACAUCGAACCAACCUACUGGCAGUGCGGAAAACUAG